GACAUGUUGCAGCAGUUUGCCGACAUAAACUCAAAACUCACUUGAAGAAGAAGUUCCAGUGUGUGUUUGAGGGGAUCGCUAAAGCAGGAAACCCAACCCUUCUGAAUCAGAUCUACACAGAGCUCUACAUCACAGAGGGAGGGACUGGAGAGGUCAAUGGUGAACAUGAGGUCAGAGAGAUUGAAACAGCAUCCAGGAAACCUGUCAGACCAGAAACAACCAUCAGACGAGAAGACAUCUUUAAAGUCUUACCUGGGAGAGAUGGACCAAUCAGAACAGUGAUGACAAAGGGAGUGGCUGGCAUUGGGAAAACAGUCUUAACACAGAAGUUCACUCUGGACUGGGCUGAAGACAAAGCCAACCAGGACAUACAGUUCACAUUUCCAUUCACCUUCAGAGAGCUGAAUGUGUUGAAAGAGAAAAAGUUCAGCUUAGUGGAACUUGUUCAUCACUUCUUUACUGAAACCAAAGAAGCAGGAAUCUGCAGGUUUGAACAGUAUCAGGUUGUGUUCAUCUUUGACGGUCUGGAUGAGUGUAGACUUCCUCUGGACUUCCACAACACUGAGAUCCUGACUGAUGUUACAGAGUCCACCUCAGUGGACGUGCUGCUGACAAACCUCAUCCGGGGGAAGCUGCUUCCCUCUGCUCGCCUCUGGAUAACCACACGACCUGCAGCAGCCAAUCAGAUCCCUCCUGAGUGUGUUGACAUGGUGACAGAGGUCAGAGGGUUCACUGACCCACAGAAGGAGGAGUACUUCAGGAAGAGGUUCAGAGAUGAGGAUCAGGCCAGCAGGAUCAUCUCCCACAUCAAGACAUCACGAAGCCUCCACAUCAUGUGCCACAUCCCAGUCUUCUGCUGGAUCACUGCUACAGUUCUGGAGAAGGUGUUGAAAACCAAAAGGAGAGGAGAGCUGCCCAAGACCCUGACUGAGAUGUACAUCCACUUCCUGGUGGUUCAGUCCAAACUGAAGAACAUCAAGUAUGAUGGAGGAGCUGAGACGGAUCCACACUGGAGACCAGAGACCAGGAAGAUGAUUGAGGCUCUGGGAAAACUGGCUUUUGAGCAGCUGCAGAAAGGAAAUCUGAUCUUUUAUGAAUCAGACCUGACAGAGUGUGGCAUCAAUAUCAGAGCAGCCUCAGUGUACUCAGGAGUGUUCACACAAAUCUUUCAAGAGGAGAGAGGCCUGUACCAGGAUAAGGUGUUCUGCUUCAUCCAUCUGAGUGUUCAGGAGUUUCUGGCUGCUCUUCAUGUCCAUCUGACCUUCAUCAACUCUGGAGUCACUCUGCUGUCAGAAAAGAAAUUGACCUCUCUGUGGUCUAAACUGUUUGGAGACAAAACUGAACCAACUCACCUCUACCAGAGUGCUGUGGACGAGGCCUUACAGAGUCCAAAUGGACAACUGGACUUGUUCCUUCGCUUCCUACUGGGUCUUUCACUGCAGACCAAUCAGACUCUCCUACGAGGCCUGCUGAUGGAGAGGGGAAGUGACUUAGAGACCACUCAGGAAGUAGUCCAGUACAUCAAAAAGAAGAUUGAAGAGACUCCCUCUGUAGAGAAAAGCAUCAACUUGUUCCACUGUCUGAAUGAACUGAAUGAUCGUUCUCUAGUGGAGGAGAUCCAACAGUCCCUGAGAUCAGGAAGUCUCUCCACAAAUGAAUUGUCUCCUGGUCAAUGGUCAGCUCUGGUCUUCAUCUUACUGUCAUCAGAAAAAGAUCUGGACAUGUUUGACCUAAAGAAAUACUCUGCUUCAGAGGAGGCUCUUUUGAGGCUGCUGCCAGUGGUCAAAGCCUCCAAAAAAGCUCUACUGAGUGGCUGUAACCUCUCAGAGAGAAGCUGUGGAGUUCUGGUUUCAGUUCUCAAUUCCCAGUCCUCUAGUCUGAGAGAGCUGGACCUGAGUAACAACAACCUGCAGGACACAGGAGUGAAGGUGCUGUCUACUGGACUGGAGAGUCCACACUGCACACUAGAAAGUCUCAGACUGAGUGGCUGUAAUAUCUCAGAGACAAGCUGUGAAGCUCUGUCCUCAGUUCUCAGCUCCCAGUCCUCUCGUCUGAGAGAACUGGACCUGAGUAACAAUGACCUGCAGGACACAGGAGUGAAGGUGCUGUCUACUGGACUGGAGAGUCCACACUGCACACUGGAAAGUCUCAG